AUGGCGGCGGUGGCGGCGGCCAACCCCUUCCUCGCGAUGCAACUCUUCGGCCAGGCGCAGCAGCUCCAGAACCUCGGCUACCUCGCCGCCGCCGCGCUCCAGCAGCAGCAGCACCAACAACACCACCACCACCAACCGCAACAGCAGCAAAAUCCCUUCUUGCCGGGAGGCUUCCCGCCGAACCCCAAUCAGUUCGGGGCCUUCUCUGGCCCUCAGGCCGGCUUCAACGGCGGCGGCGUGUUCCGGCCUGGUGGUGCUGGGUUGGCCGGGCCUCGGCCGCCCCUGCCGAUGAUGGGCGCUGCCUGGAAUGGUGGCAGCGGCGGCAGCGGUGUCGGGGUGAACGGCCCGCCGAGGCCUGCGCUGAACGUUGAUGGGAAAGAUCGGAACAGUAGUGGAGGGGUCGGUCAGGUAAACCAAACUAAUAACAAAUCAGAUGGCAUCUCUCAUGUUGCCUCUGAAAAUGGUGUGAGGAAUAAUGCAGCAGAUCAGAAAUCCCGAUUUAACCCUGGAAGAGAUGGUAAGGAUGGAAGGCAGUUUGGUCCAUCUGGUGGAAGAGGGAGAGGAGAUAGUAGGGGUGGAGGGCAAUUCAAUCCAUCUGGUGGAAGGGGGAGAGGAGAUAGUAGGGGUGGAGGGCAAUUCAGUCCAUCUGGUGGAAGGGGAAGAGGAGAUGGUAGGGAUGGACGGUUUAGCCCAUCUGGUGGCAGGGGGAGAGGGAGAAAUUUUAAUCAAGGCCGUGGAAGAGGAAGAAAUGACUGGAGAGAAGGAAAAUGUAAUUUUACAAGUAGUGACAGUCCAAUAUCAGGAGAUUGUCACAUUGACAGCCCAGCAUCUGAAGGAGUUCGAAAGCGCCCUCCUAUCAUUUAUGACAAAAAAGAAGUUAAACAGUGGGUUCAAGCACGCAAGAAAAACUACCCUACAAGUGCCAACAUAAACAAGAAGUUGUGUCAGAGUCAAUUGGAUGAGCAAAAGAAAGAUGAAGAGGCCCAAAUGCGCCGCCGGGAACUCAAGGAAGUUAUAGCAAAGCAGAAGGAAUUGGGUUUGGAACUCCCUGAACUACCACCUGGCUAUCUGUCUGACACUGAGGGUCAACCCAGGGGACGUCAAGGCAAUGAAAAGGAAAGUAAUUGGAAGACUCGACAGGGGGGUGGUCGUUUUGGAAACCGAGGGCGUGGCCGUGGUCGGGGCCGUGGCCGUGACAAUAAGCGACAGAGGUCUGACGACAGAGAAGAUUUUCAGUCUAAAAGACCGAGGGAGAGGAACAACAAUAGUCGUCGUCAUGAUGGUGGUGCGAUGACCAAGAGUAGGGAACCAACCCUCUUGCAGAAGCUUCUUAACUCUGAUAUCAAGAGGGACAGGCACAGGCUUCUGCACACGUUCAAAUUCAUGGCCUUGAACAAUUUCUUCAAGGACUGGCCUGCUAAGCCGCUGGAGUUCCCUAUUGUCAAGGUGGACCAGAUAGAGCUUGGAAGUGAUAUUGACGAGGAAGACUCAGAUGAUGACUUGCCGGAUGCCGAGACGGCCAAGGACUGCAGCCUCGGUUUGAAGGAAAACGGUGAUCAGCCGGAAUCGAGCUCCAGCGAUGAGGAGGAUGAAAGUGAGGACGGCGACGAAGCUGACGACAAGGGUGCUGAUACUGAAAUAACCGAAAAGGUUUCAGAUGAGGAUUCCGACGCAGAGCAAUGCGAAGAAGGUUUCUCAGAUUUCUCAGCCUGA